AUCUUCGGUGUCCCGCUCCAAACCAGCAUCCGCUACGCAAAUGUCGCCAUCUCGCUGUUCAACGAACAGGGCCAGAGCUAUAUCUAUGGUUAUGUCCCUAUAGUCGUCGCCAAAUGCGGCGUCUACUUGAAAGAGAAGGCUACUGAUGUUGAGGGCAUCUUUCGCUUGAGUGGAUCCGAGAAGCGCAUCAAGGAACUGCGCAUUGCUUUUGACUCUCCCGAUCGCUACGGCAAGGGCCUUGACUGGAGUGGCUACACCGUCCACGAUGCCGCCAACAUCCUGCGCAGAUACUUCAACCAGUUGCCUGAACCCAUCAUCCCUCUCGAGUUCUACGAACGCUUCCGCGAUCCGCUCAGAAAUCACCAAGCACAAGCUGCUAUCCGUGUCUAUCAGAACCUCAUCACUGAAUUGCCGCCUCUGAACCGCCAGCUACUCCUGUAUAUCCUCGAUCUCCUUGCAGUCUUCGCUUCCAAGUCGGACCUCAACAAAAUGACUACACCCAACCUUGCUGCCAUCUUCCAGCCUGGCCUCUUGUCGCAUCCCCAGCACGAUAUGGCUCCUCCCGAGUAUCGACUCAGCCAAGAUGUCCUGAUUUUCCUCAUUGAGAACCAAGACUCGUUCUUGAUC